AUGCACGUUAUGUGCUUGCAGUGGGGUGAUGUGAAGGACAUCAUUGUUUUGAACGACAAGGUCACCGGGCAGCCGCGCGGCUGCGCUUUUGUGUCAUACGCAACGCGGGAGGAGGCGGAGGCUGCCAUCCAAAACCUCGACCGCCGCGUGCAGCUGCCCGGCGCCCAGAACAAGAUCGAGGUCCGGUUCGCACGCAGCCACCAGUAUGUCCAAGCAGGCUCGGGACCUGAGGACAAUCGGCAGCUCUUCUUCGCGCGGUGCCCGCCGACGGCGACAGAAGCGGACGUCGCGGCCCUUUUCGCAAGGUAUGGCGUGGUGAAGGAGAUCAACCUGUUCCGGGAGCGCCGCACGAACCAGAGCAAGGGCUGCGGGUUUGUGACGAUGGAGACGCGUGCGCAGGCGGUGGCCGCCAUGGAGGGGUUGGAUGAGAAGCACACUCUGGAGGGCGGCUCCAACCCGAUGGCGGUCAAGUGGGCCGACCCCGAGCUGCAGGUCAAGAAGCGGCGCGCGGUGGAGGAGAGCAACACAGACAAUCGCAUGCUCUUCUUCGCCAAGGUGCUGCGCAGCUCAACGGAGGACGAGGUGCGGGCGCUGUUCGGCCGCUACGGCCGCGUAUUCGAGGUCAACCUCUUCAGGGCGUUCCAGGGGGCGCCCACCAGCAAGGGCUGCGGCCUCGUCACCAUGGGGUCCAAUGAAGAGGCCGUGGCCGCGAUCGAAGCCCUGGACAGCCGGCACACCUGGGAGGGCAUGGACGCGCCCAUGGUGGUGAAGUGGAUGGAUGUGGCCCUGCAGCGGCGGCGGCGGGAGGAGCAUCUGGCAGCCAUGCGGCAGGGCGGGGGCGGCCAGCCCCAGCAGCAGGGGGCGGGCGCACUUGCAGGGGAUCCUCUGCCGGCUUCGCAGCAGAUCGCGGGGAUUGCUUCCAUGUCUGAAUCUUGGAUGAUGUCAUCGGGGUCCAUCUCCUCUGGCACCCUUGCGGGUUUCGGUGGCCUCUUAGGCUCCAGCUCAGCCGCCCUGCGCGCCCAGAGCGGCGCCUUCAGCGCCCCCCAAGCGGCAAGGGGCGCCUACGGCGGCGGCGGCGCGCCGGCGGCGCAGCAGGUGUUUGGGAGCGGUCAGCACAUGCAGGGGUACGGCAGCGGCCCGCAGGCGGUCGCCCGUGCCCUGGUAGACCCUGGCCCCACUGCGGCGCCGCAGCUUGAGCUUCCGCCCCCCAGCUGCGCCCUGGAUGCCUACAAGCUUUUCGUAGGCAACGUGCCCAAGUCGUAUACUGAAGAGGACCUGCGGCCGCUGUUUGAGUCAGUCGGCCAGGUCGCAGAGCUGGUGGUGGUGCGGGACAGGUUCACGCACGAGUCCAAGGGCUCGGCAUUUGUGUGGUUCCGAAGCAAGGCGGACGCUGACAGCGCCGCGCUGCGCCUGAACGGGUGCCGCCUGCCGCCAAACGACCUCGGCGGCGAGCCGGCCCGGCCGCUGGUCGUGCGGCGCGCCAACGCGCGCCGGGCGGCCGCGGGCGCGGGCGCAGGCGCGUUUGCCGGUGCGGGACCGGGCGCAGCGGGGGUACCCCAAGCUGUGUAUGCGGCACAGCAGCAGCAGCAGCAGCAGUUUGCGGCGGCAGGCGCGGGCAGCUUGGUCGGCUUUGAAUCCGUUGGGUACGUGACGGCGGCCCCGCCGCAGGGGCAAGCCGGCGGCGGUGGCGGUGAGGUGGUGCACCUGCAGCCCCUGGUGCUGCAGGCGGCGCCCUCGCAGCAGCUGCAGAUGCAGACGUUUGGCGGCGACGCCGGCGGCAGCGGCCCGAGCGCCGUCGGCACAACUGGCCCCAGCGGGCCGCUCGGCGGCCUCGGGUCGGCCACGAGCACGUCGCUCGCGUCGAGCGGCCCCGCGCUGUCCGGCGGGAGCGCCGGCCUCCUGAGCGGCUCCGGCAGCGCCGUCUUUGCCCAGGCGGGCGGCGGCGCCGCGGCGGCCGCGGCCGCGGCGGCGCCGCUGCACGCGCUGCAGGUCCCGGUCCCAGCCCACAAGAUGGCUGCGGUGAUGCCCCACAUCUACUCGAUCCAGACGAUGAGCGGCGCUGACGUCACCGGCCAGGCGGUCGGGCCGGGCGUCUUCUGCCUGCAGCUGGUGGGGGGCCAGGUCCAGGUGGAGACAGCACACCAGCUCGUGGCGUCGGUGCUGCAGAGCAUAGGCCAGUGA